CCAGCAAAAGUAUGUAGCUACCUUGGUGCUACUUUUUUCUUUUCUUUUUUUAAGGGGGAAAAACACUCAUCUUGGCACUAUCUUGAUGCAGCAUAGUAGUGGUUUAUGAUUUACUGCCACAUGAGCUGCAGCAGGGGGCGCUGAGCAUCUUUAACCGCAGUUUACAACACCAACGAAGAAGAAGAAUAGAACUCAUCACUUCCGCAACAACAACAUGGAUGAGGCGUUGGAAGUUGGAGACAAGCUGGACACCGGUGCCGACAAAGUACAGGAGCGCCUCCAGAAGAGGCACCAGGCGAGGAUCGAGGAUGUGGAGCGGAGAAAGGAAGCUAAAGAGAGUCAGUCUGUCGCCGAGGAGAAGGGAGAGUAUUUCUACAGCGCCUUUAACAAGGAGCGGGCCGCCGUGGAGGAGCUGCUGUCUGGCUGCUCCGGAGCGGACCGGGCCACCAUGACUCACAGGCUGGAGGAGGCCACGGACAGAAUAGGGCAGCUGCAGAAGUUUCUGAACGACAGCGUGUUGUUUCUAACGCAGUACGAUCUGAGACAAGCCCAGGCGGCUCUGCAGAAGCUCCAGAGCACCCUGGCUGAGAUGAGAGAAGAUGCUCUGCCCAAGAAAAAGUUUGCCUUUAAAGUUCGCACUAAAGCUGCAGACAAGGCCUCAGUGACACCUGCACCAAAUCCUGAUGCUGACACACCUGCAGCUGCUGGUGGCACAAAGAGGGAUGGAGCGACAGCCUCUGAGCAGUACGGCUUCUCCAACAUGAGCGAUGUGCUUGUGACUAGAACAGCAGAGGAGAUCCAGAAACAAGACGUGCUAUUGACCCACCUGACUAACUGCAAGGUGCGUCUGCUCGGCUCCCCCAGCACGCUGCACCUGAAGCACAUCGACAGCUGUGAGAUCCUGUGCGGGCCUGUGUCCAGCUCAGUGUUCAUCGAUCAUUGUAGAAACAGCACGCUGGCCUUCCCCUGCCAGCAGCUGCGGACCCACCACACCACCGACACGCAGGUGUAUCUGCACGUCACCAGCCGAGCCAUCAUAGAGGACUGUCGGGGAGUGAGCUUCGCCCCGUUCUCCUGGUCUUACCCAAGCCUGGAGGAGGACUUUAGUGUGUCUGGCUUAGACAAGAACCGAAACAACUGGAACCAGGUGGAUGACUUCAACUGGCUCGCUGCAGGAACACCUUCCCCCAACUGGACGGUCAUUCCUGAAGCAGACAGAAAAACCAACUGGGACACUGAGAAUUGAACCUUUUAAGCGUUUAUUUGCCAAAAGUAGCAUGUCAGAUUAGAUGUUUUCAACCAGAUUACAAAUACAUAACAGUGUCCGUGUGAUUUCACGAAGAAUAAUUGGUUUCCUUUAAGCCAACGACCAUCAGUUUAAUUUUUAUGCAGUUUUAGUUGUUAGAUUUCACUCACUGAUUGUGUUUUACUGUUACUUGUGUGUACAUGUUUGUUUGAAUGACAAGAUCUAAGCUGCACUAACGUAUUUAAAUAAAAAUGUAUCAACCU